AUGCCCCUCUCCACUCAAUUGACUGCCCCAAAUGGGCGCAAGUACACUCAGCCCCUCGGUCUUUUCAUUAACAACGAGUUUGUGGAGUCUAAAAGUGGUGAAACCCUGACCUCAAUCAACCCUUCUAACGAGGAGGCUAUUGCGGACGUGUAUGUAGCUGGUGAAGAAGAUGUCAAUGUUGCCGUGGAUGCGGCACACAAGGCCUUGAAACAUCCAUCAUGGAAGCUUCUACCCGCAACAGAUCGCGGUGCUCUGCUCAACAAGCUGGCUGAUCUGGUUGAGACACACAUGGAGACUUUGGCGACUAUCGAAACCUGGGACAACGGCAAGCCUUACUCUGUCGCACUCAAUGACGAUAUUGGUGAGGUCACUUCUUGUUUACGUUACUAUGCCGGCUGGGCCGACAAGAUAACCGGCCAGACCAUCACCACCACUCCGAACAAGUUCGCAUAUACCCUCCGUCAACCCAUUGGAGUGGUUGGCCAGAUUAUUCCGUGGAAUUUCCCUCUAGGCAUGGCCGCGUGGAAGCUAGGCCCUGCUCUCGCAUGCGGCAACACUAUUGUCAUGAAGGCUGCCGAGCAGACCCCGCUCAGCAUCCUCUACUUAGCCACCCUUAUCAAAGAGGCCGGCUUCCCUCCUGGUGUCGUGAACAUCAUCAACGGCCACGGCCGUAUCGCCGGUGCUACUUUGGUGCAGCAUCCGAAGAUCGACAAGGUCGCUUUCACGGGCUCCACCGCUACCGGUCGUGAGAUCAUGAAAAUGGCCGCUGGAACCCUGAAGAACAUCACCCUCGAGACAGGCGGCAAAUCGCCGCUGCUAGUCUUCGCGGACGCAGACCUCGACCAGGCUGUCAAGUGGGCUCACAUCGGUAUUAUGUAUAACCAGGGCCAAGUGUGCUCGUCGACCUCCCGUAUUCUCGUACACGACUCCGUGUACGACAAGUUCGUGGCGCUCUUCAAGGACGUCGUAGCUGCAACCAGCAAAGUCGGCGACCCAUUCGCCGAAGAUACUUUCCAAGGCCCACAGGUCACAAAGGCCCAGUACGACCGUAUCCUGUCAUACGUCGAGAGCGGAAAGUCAGAGGGCGCAACCCUCCUCACGGGCGGAUCGCCAGACAAGAGCAUUGGUAACGGCCGUGGAUACUAUAUCGCCCCAACAAUUUUCACAGGUGUCAAGGACUCGAUGCGCAUCUACCGCGAAGAAGUCUUUGGUCCCUUUGUCGUCAUCGCCAGCUUCACCACCGAAGAAGAGGCUGUCACCCGCGCAAACGACACAACUUACGGUCUCGGAGCGGCCGUCUUCACCCGUGACAUUGAGCGCGCGCACCGCGUCGCUUCUGAUAUUGAAGCUGGUAUGGUCUGGAUCAACAGCAGCAAUGACAGUGACAUCCACGUACCGUUUGGCGGUGUCAAGCAAAGUGGUAUUGGUCGUGAGUUGGGCGAGGCUGGUCUAGAGGCUUACUCGCAGGUCAAGGCUGUUCAUGUUAACAUGGGUAGCAAGCUGUAG